AUGAAUGAAUCAGGAUCUAAUCAAAAAGCUUCUUCACUAUCAAACCCAUUCAUAAAUGAUAAUAGUGAAACAACAAUAUCAACUGAUUUGAUUCAGCCAAGACGACCGAUGGUUCAAAACUAUUCACUCAUUUGGUUAAAUGAGUAUAUGGAUGAAACAAGCAAAGAUUAUGAGAACAGUCUGAUACAAAUACAAACCAUCGCCGACAAUGUGAAUGUCUUUAAGCAGCGAGACGAAUGUAUCGAUUUUCUUACAGAUACUCAAGACAUCGAGUCUUUUCUCAUUGUAGAGAAUGCUCCGGCACAACAAAUCAUGCCCCUCAUCAAUGAUAUUGCUCAGUUGAAUAGUGUUUAUAUCUUCAGUAACAUUAAACCCGUACAUGAAGAAACGACAAAACAAUGGCGAAAAAUCAAGAGUGUUCAUACUAACAUUGAUGACUUAUGCAAAGCAUUGCAAGUGGGUAUCAAGCAAUACAAUCAAGACUCAAUUGCUGUGAGUUUUGUUCCAGUAAAUGAAAUAGCUUCAACUACUAAUUUAAAUCAGUUGGAGCCAACAUUUAUGUACACUCAAAUAUUCAAGGAUAUUCUUCUUGAUAUGGAGCAUAAUAAACAGGCCAUCGACUACUUCAUUACUUACAGUCGGCAAAAUAACUGCAGCUCCACAGUUAUUAUUGAUCGAUUUGAAAAAGAAUACCGUGCUCAAUCAGCUAUUUGGUGGUAUACUUUCACCCCAUUUAUCUACUGUAUGCUCAAUGCUGGUCUUCGGUCGAUGGAAGGUAAUAUCAUUAUUAAUAUGGGGUUUUUAAUUCAUGAUCUUCAUCUUCAAAUUCAACAACUACAUCAACAACAGGUUAAUAGUUAUCAUGACAUAUCAUUCGUAGUUUACCGCGGACAAGGCCUAUCUAAAGCUAAUUUUGAGAAACUUCAAAAAACAAAAGGCGGACUAAUGUCAUUUAACAAUUUCUUGUCUACCAGUACAGAUAAAGAAGUGUCUCGUGGCUUUGCUGAACGUGCUUCGACAGAACCAGAUACGGUGGGCAUUCUUUUUAUAAUGUCCAUUGAUCCUUGUAUAAAAUCACCACCGUUUGCUUUCAUUAAAGAGAUGAGCUGUUUCCAGGAAGAAGAUGAAAUUCUCUUCUCUAUGCAUACCGUUUUUCGAGUGACUGAAAUUAAACAAAUAGAUAAUAAUAAUCUAUUUUUCCAAGUUGAAUUACAAUUAACGUCGGAUGAUGAUCAACAACUACGAGUACUUACUGAUCGGAUACGAAGAGAAGCUGAUGGUGAUACCGGAUGGGAAAGAUUGGGUAAACUAUUGCUUAAAAUUGGUCAGUUUAAUAAAGCUGAAGAACUUUAUAAUGUAUUACUCGAACAGACAUCUAAUAAUAAUGAAAAAGCGCUUUAUUAUGGCUGUUUGGGGUAUAUCAAAGAUGACCAGGGUGAUUAUGAAAAGGCUAUUUGGUAUUACGAAAAAUCACUUGAAAUCUAUCAGAAAAUCUUUCCUUCAAAUCAUCCUUCGUUGGCUAUUUCAUACAACAACAUCGGUUUGGUGUGUGCAAAGAUCAAAGAGUACUCAAAAGCAAUUUCACUUUACGAAAAGGCACUUGAAAUCUUCGAAAAAACUCUUCCUUCAGAUCAUCCUCAUUUGGCUAGUUCAUACAACAAUAUCGGUAGUGUGUAUUAUAACAUGAAAGAGUACUCGAAAGCACUUACAUUUUUCGAAAAAGCACUCGAAAUUCAACAAAAAACUCUCCCUUCAAAUCAUCCUUUAUUGGCUACUUCAUACAACAACAUCGGUGCUUUGUUUGACAACAUGAAAGAGUACUCGAAAGCACUUUCAUCUCACGAAAAAGCGCUUGAAAUUCGACAAAAAACUUUUCCUUCAAAUCAUCCUGAGUUGGCUUCUUCAUACCACAACAUCAGUUUGGUAUAUUAUAAUAUGAAAUACUAUUCGAAAGCACUAUCAAAUCUUGAACGUGCUCUGGAUAUAUUACAACGUGCACUACCUCCAACUCAUCCUAAUAUUAACAAAGUGAAAGAGGGUAUUGAAAUUGUAAAAGAAGAAAUGAGAAGAAUAGUUGAUAAAUAA